AUGGCAUCUGAAGCCCACAAUGUUAGAAAACAGAAAGUGUUGCAUAUUGAAGGUCAUCCCAUUGAUCUCCCCAGAAAAAGAAUCUCUUCUUCAACUAAAAAGAUCAUGAAGGAGGGUAAGAAAUCUCCAAAACAUCUGGCUUCAUACACAAACAGAAUAACAGUUGGAAAAACGGUGACCAGUCCCCUCUCUCUUUUCAAAAAUUGCAAAAGAAAAGUUCAUUGUUACACUCCAAAGCCUUGUUACAGAAAGAAACAGUUCCCUAAAUCUAGAGGCCGUGACAUGGCAAAUAAAGAAAAUGAACUGGCUUGUGCAGGGAAUCUGCCAGCAAAACUUCACGACAGUCGUACACAAUUAGUAAAUUCUAGUGACUCUGGCUCAUCUCAAACAGAAGGCCCUUCAUCCAAGUAUAGCGGAUUUUUUUCAGAGGUUUCUCAGGACCAUGAAACUAUGGCUCCCGAUCUUUUUAUCAGGAAAAAAAAAUGGAAUCUGAGGCUGAAUGUAGCUUUAACCUUUUGGAGAAGGAGAAGUAUAAGUGAACUGGUAGCCUACUUAGUGAGGAUACAGGAUCUUGGAGUAGUAGUAGACUGCCUACCCGUGCUUACAAACAGUUUACAGGAAGAAAAACCAUAUGUUUCAGUUGGCUGCUGUGUUGAUCUUUUGCCUUUAGUGAAAUCACUGCUUAAAAGCAAAUAUGAAGAAUAUGUGAUAGUUGGUUUAAACUGGCUGCGAGCUGUCAUUAAACGAUGGUGGUCAGAACUAUCUGCACAUACAGAAAAGGCAGAGGAUGGAAAUAUUCAUAUUUUAAAACAGCAAUUAAGUGGAUUAUGGGAACAGGAGAAUCAUCUUACUCUGGUUCCUGGAUAUACUGGUAAUAUAGCUAAGGAUGUAAAUGCUUAUUUAUUACAGCUACACUGACAUGAUUGGGAAACUCUGUGCUUAUGUGGUGGAACAAUCCCCUAAAGCGUCCCUGAAAUAUACGUACUGUUUCUGAAAGCCUUUUGAGAAAUACUGGCAGAAGAGAACUGAACUGUCAAGCUGUUUAAUGAAACCACUAACAAUCCUAACAAUCUACUUCACAUUGAAGUGGAAAAACGUCUAGUAGGAGCAACUUUUACUUCAGUGAGGUGAAAGUGCACUAUGAAAACUGUAUGCCUUUGCUGCAUUUGGGAUUCACUCAGUUACUAGAUUCUCAUUUAAAAGCUACUGUAUUUUACUACAACAUCGCAUUAAAAAGAUGAAUUACAUUGUUUUGAAGACAAGACAGCAGAACCAGUAACAAGGAACCAACAAAAACAAUCAGCGUUAUGAGCUUUUAAAUGUUUUGUUGACAAGAGAACUCCAAAAUGCACAACAAUCUUCCAAUAAUAAAAAAACAAAAAAAUAACACAAAAAAACCUAAACCCUUUGGAAUAUUCAGUUACUUCUAUGUUUUAA